CAGAUGAUUACUUACAGAAAUAUCUCUGAUGAUAGACUACGUAGUGCAAGUCAAAAUUAUCUCAACUGUGAAGAUCCCACUACCAAGUUUAAGGCAAUUGGAUAAAGAAAAAAUAGAAAGAAAUAUAGAAGUAGAUGAGGAUGUCAUAAUCAAAGUUGUAAUGUCGGCAAAAAUCGAUCAUUUAGGAACAAAAUUGUUGCUCGGACAUAGUCUUUGUGACGAAGAAAAGGAUUAUAUAAAGGAAAGACAAACCCAUUGUUUACGCGAGAUGAAAUUUAUAGAUGAACUUAAAGACAAUGCCCCAGCUGGAAAGGAUUUGGUUCCAAGAAUAGCAGUUAUAGGAUCUGGUGGUGGAUUUCGUGCUGUGAUAGCAUUUUCUGGCGUCAUGUCCGCCCUGGUCCGCUCUAAAAUAGCAGAAAUGGUUAUGUAUAACGUAGGUCUCUCUGGGUCAGCUUGGUACCUUUCAACUUUGUAUUCCCAUCCUGAUUGGCCACAAAAGAAAUCUGCUAUAGACCUUCGUUCAGAGUUAUGUGAAUGCAUUACGGAUCCUUUGUUUUGGAUUCGGGUGGUUACAAAAAUUACAGCUGCAUUUGCAAGUGGCACAUUCUGCCUCACUGAUGUUUACGGACGUAUCAUAGGUGAAACACUUCUAAAAGAGGUAAAAUGCUUUAGUUCUAGAAGCCAUAGGGCUAAUUGUAAAGGCAAAAUAUUGAUCAAAACAGAGUAAACCUUUUUCAAGUUUUGAAAGACAUGCGUAGUUUGUUUUAUACGACGUUACGUAGCAACGCAGAGAGACGAUAUUAAUGCAUAGAUCCCUGACCUGGUCAUUUCUAAUUAUUAGAUUAGUGAAUACACUAGCAAUUAACUACAAUAAGUUUGUUAACGACAGAACACGUGUAAAUGUUUGUGUUUAAAUAUACUUUAUUUAAAAUAAAAUGUCAGAGACGGAAUCUAACAGUUGCGAAAUUUUGCGCAAUCUUUACCGUGGCAUCUAUUCAUUUUAUCUCCCUACCCGCAUUAUAUGAAUGUUUAAUUUUAAUGAUGUCUUUAAUUUAUUGUAUAUUUCCAGCAAUUUAUUAUUAUAAAUUUAUUAUUCUUGUUAUCUUGUCAUUAAAUAAAAAAAACAACUAGAGAAUGAAUUCAACAUUGACAAACCAACAAGAAAAAUUGAGCGGAGGAUCAGCUCCAUUGCCUUUAUAUGCAGCUUUGAAUGUGAAAAGAAAGACUUCAGCAAAAGUGUUUCAUGAAUGGAUCGAAUUUAGCCCCUUUGCGAUAGGCAUGCCGAAGUAUGGGACCUUUUUGCAACCAAAGUUGUUCGGAAGUGAAUUCUUUUCAGGCCGCGUUCUAAAAGAAAAUGACGAAAUGAAAUUGCAUUAUCUUCUAGGUAUCUGGGGAAGUGCGUACUGCGCUUUGUUACACAGGUUUAUUAAAACUAACAAGAUAGGCCCAGCCAACGUUACUGAAGAAAGAAAAUUAUAUGCAUCAGAAGUACAAAAAGACUUCGAAUCAUAUGGCAGUAAAAAAAGGGAUGAUCGUUACGAUUUGCUUAGUGAUGUGCCAGAAACGGCAACUACCGUGAGAGGGGAUGAUGAGCCAGAAACGGCAACUACCGUGAGAGGGGAUGAUGAGCCAGAAACGGCAACUACCGUGAGAGGGGAUGAUGAGCAAGAAACGGCAACUACCGGGAGAGGGGGGAUUCUCAAAUCAAUAAUUGAAGGGAUUAUGAAACGGUCUACUGUCGACAACUUCACUAAUGAUAUUCACAGAAGGGCGGCUAAGGUGAAUAACUUCAUGCGGGGUCUUCGACUACAGGAAUACCGACCAUCUACAAAAAAAAGAACGGAUGGAAACAUUUUUGCAAGCAUUAAAGGCAUGUUAGGCAUUACAGGCAUUGAAUCAACUGAAAGACUAUUUGAGGAGUUGCACGAAAUGAACCCGACAGAUGCAGAGAAGAUGUAUCUAGUGGACGCUGGCCUGGCAUUCAACUCUCCAUUUCCUCUUAUACUACGACCGGAACGUGAGGUUGAUCUCAUCCUGUCAUUUGAUUUCAGUGAAAGAGAAAGUGACAAAGCAGACCCGUUUACAGAACUAAUACUAGCCGCUGAGUGGGCAAAACUUCAUAAAAUACCUUUCCCUGACAUCAACACUCCUGCAAUUGGUGAAAAAGGAUAUAAGGAAUGUUACGUCUUUGAAAACCGCAAUGAUCCCAAUUGUCCGAUUGUCAUGCAUUUCAUUCUCGUAAACAAUGAAUUCAGGGAGUUUAAAUCACCAGGCGUUACCAGGAAGACAAAUGAAGAGAGAGAGUUCGGUAACUUUAAUGUUUUUGACGAUCCGGAUAAACCUUAUUCAACCUUAAAAUUUCAAUACUCAAAACGAGCUUUCGACCGACUUGCCAGCCUUAUGGAAUUCAACACACUACUCUAUGAGGAAACGAUUUUCAACAACAUAAAGAAAUGUGUAGAAAACCGAAGAAAAAGCUUUCGAAUUUAGGCAAGGAUGUUUCAGGUGCAGGUGACAAAAAUUAGUGACCGAUUAUAUAAACUCCUGUGACAAUGUCUGACAUAUUUUGCCCUAGAGUUAAAAUAUUCUUAUUUAUUCAAACUGGAUUGAUAGAUAUGGAACAGCUUAAAGUAGGAAGGUUUAAAAUUCAGAAAAAAAUUGUAAACUAGCAAAUAGAUAUAACUUUAAAAAAAGAUUUAAACAUACAAAUGUGUUAGUAUGCGUGUGCCUGUGUGUGCUGUAGAAAUGCAAAUAUGUAGUGGACUGCAUGUAUCAAAGGAUUUUGACGAGACACUUUUACCGCCAUUCGGGUUGCUAUUCCUAAAGGCAAAUCGGUUAAUUUGAAAUUUUACAAGACAAAAGUUCUUCGAAAGCUUAAUAUAUAAUACUUUCGAAAACAAAGACCCGUAACAGGUUUAGCCAGUAUCAGAUUACUUCAUGACAACGUGUCUUUGCACAAAACGUCUAUAGUGCCAUACUUGUUGGUCAAAAUUUGUUAUAAUAAAUAUACUAUAAGAAUGCAUUCAAAGAUUGGAUCCGAAGACUUUUUUUUAUAUAUGUUGGAGGUGAAUGUUUUGAGUGAACAAGAUGGAAAAUUAUGUGAAAACUAUGAUGAAUCUUAGAUGCAUUCGACACGUUCCAUUAUCUUGCUAUAUGAAAUGGACAUUAAUUUAUGUUGAUUCCUACUUUUAGUAUAAUAUAUCUGUAAAAUAGUUGAUUUUAUAUCUUCGUAUGAUUUUAUAUUUAUAGAAGUAACUGACUGUAUUACUACGUAUGUUUGUAUAUCUCUACAAGUAGCUGAGUAUAUUGCUACGUAUGUUUGUAUAUCUCUACAAGUAGCUGAGUGUAUUACUACAUAUGUUUGUAUAUCUCUACAAGUAGCUGAGUGUAUUUCUUCAAAUGUUUGUAUAUCUCUACAAGUAGCUGAGUGUAUUACUACAUAUGUUUGUAUAUCUCUACAAGUAGCUGAGUGUAUUUCUUCAAAUGUUUGUAUAUCUCUACAAGUAGCUAAGUGUAUUACUACAUAUGUUUGUAUAUCUAAACAAGUAGCUGAGUGUAUUGCUUCAUAUGUUUGUAUAUCUCUACAAGUAGCUGAGUAUAUUGCUACGUAUAAUUGUUUAUAUCUAGAAAGUAGCAAAGUGUAUUACUACAUAUGUUUGUAUAUCUCUACAAGUAGCUGAGUGUAUUGCUAUGUAUAAUUGUUUAUAUCUAGAAAGUAGCAAAGUGUAUUACUACAUAUGUUUGUAUAUCUCUACAAGUAGCUGAGUGUAUUACUACGUUUGUUUGUAUAUCUAAACAAGUACCUGAGUAUAUUGCUACAUAUGUUUGUAUAUCUUUAUAAGUAGCUGAGUGUAUUACUUCAAAUGUUUGUAUAUCUUUACAAGUAGCUGAUUGUAUUACUUCAAAUGUUUGAAUAUUUUUACAAGUAGCUGAGUGUAUUACUUCAAAUGUUUGUAUAUCUCUACAAGUAGCUGAGUGUAUUGCUACAUAUGUUUGUAUAUCUUUACAAGUAGCUGAGUGUAUUACUUCAAAUGUUUGUAUAUCUUUACAAGUAGCUGAGUGUAUUACUUCAAAUGUUUGUAUAUCUUUACAAGUAGCUGAGUGUAUUUCUUCAAAUGUUUGUAUAUCUUUACAAGUAGCUGAGUGUAUUGCUUCAUAUGUCUGUAUAUCUCUACAAGUAGCUGGGUGUAUUGCUAUGUAUAAUUGUUUAUAUCUAGAAAGUAGCAGAGUGUAUUACUACAUAUGUUUGUAUAUCUCUAUAAGAAGCUGAGUGUAUUACUACGUAUGUUUUUAUAUCUAGAAAGUAACUGAGUGUAUUACUACGUAUGUCUGUAUAUCUCUACAAGUAGCUGGGUGUAUUGCUAUGUAUAAUUGUUUAUAUCUAGAAAGUAGCAGAGUGUAUUACUACAUAUGUUUGUAUAUCUCUAUAAGUAGCUGAGUGUAUUACUACGUAUGUUUUUAUAUCUCUACAAGUAGCUGAGUGUAUUGCUACAUAUGUUUGUAUAUCUUUACAAGUAGCUGAGUGUAUUGCUACAUAUGUUUGUAUAUCUUUACAAGUAGCUGAGUGUAUUUCUUCAAAUGUUUGUAAAUCUCUACAAGUAGCUGAGUGUAUUACUACGUAUGUUUGUAUAUCUAAACAAGUAGCUGAGUGUAUUGCUACGUAUG